GGAGUAGAGAGUAGAUAUGGUGCACUGCCGAACACAGCUGCUGACUGCUGUACCAGGCGUUGUUGCUCAGAAUGAGAAAAUUAUGACUGGAUUGUUUUCCAAUGGAAGGAAGAAAUGCAUGUAAUUGCAUCAGGGAUAUCAUGAUCCUGGUCAUGGAUGCUGCUUCUUGACAAGGAGCUAGAACACCAUGCCGCUGGGUGCGCUCUGGUUUACCGGCCUGGAGUGGAGCUCGUAGCCGUGUCUUGACUCCAAAGCUGCAUGAACAUCCAGUAGAAGCAGUCAUAACUCCGCCAGUUCUGAAAAAGAGCGUUUUGCUUAUGCAAUGGCAAAUCUGGAUACUAGUAGUCUUGGAAGCCUCGGUAGUAUCUCUACCGCCACCAGCACUGCCGUUAGUAGCAAGGAGUCGACUAUUACGCUUCCAUCUUUACCUUCUAAUGUCAGAAAGUCUACGGGCAUCAGUACCAUGUCUUUGUGGGAUGCUAAGCCGACGAGCGAUGCACCCAGUACAACGAAACUUCCUUCGUCAAGUGGCGCUGAACUAAUGCCAGUGCACGCAGAAUAUGCUGUGGGUAUUGCUGAUGAAUCGUGUUCCUCAAUAAACGACCACACAGUGGAUGGACGGAGAAAGCGGCGGAAGAAGAAGGGCGCAUAUGGAGAUCAUCGUGCAAUUCUGGACGAGGCAAGUAAAGUCAGCAAGGAGGUUGGCAAGACUGUUGAGCAGCUGCAGAAUAUUCGUGUCGACGGCUUGAAUGGUGGAGCAUAUGGAGAGAUCAAAGAUGUGACCGAUGUACUGCAACAGUUGGAGAAGACUUGCCAGGACCUGCGGGUAUCUCUGGAAUCUGAGACCAUCAUUUGGAGCAACUACCGGCAUGACAAGCUGAUGUUCCCCGUGCGCAUGACCAAUGAAGUAAAAAAGAUAUUGGGAUCACUCAGUCGGGAUAACACACAGCAAUUGAACAAAGUCAAGGCGAGAGUUGUGGACGUGGAGAGCAGGGUUAAAGAGAAGGAAGCUGAAUUGGAAAGAAUCCAGAGUGAAGUCCAGCGAAUGAAACCCGAAGUUAAAAAUGCCCAGAAAGGCCACGAGGAGAAUGUUCAGGAUCUCAAUCGGAUCAUGGGAGAGAAAGCAAGGUGCCGCAUUGUGCUGAAUGAGAAAAUGGCUGAGGAUGCUAUCAUCGUCGAGCAGACGCAGGAAUUGGAAGAACAGAUACAACGGCUGCGCGAUGAACUGGAGGUGGAAAGGUUAGCUGCCGAGAAGGAGAUUGAUGAAAUCGGACUUAAAGUGGCUGAGCGAAAGGAGCAUAUUGCCAAUAAAGAAGAUCAGUGCUUUGCACUUCGACGGGAGAUCUGUGUAACUCAAGACGAGGCUGAGUUAGUUGGAGCAGAGGUUACGCGAUUGAAGGAUGAGCUUAGCACAUUGAAAGUAGGAUGUAACCUGUGCAAGGCCAGGAAGACUGCAGCCAAAGAGGAAUACGAUGAGACUGCACGCAGUGUGCUCAAGAAGCAAGCUAAAGGGCGAGACAUAAAAGCAGCACAAGUAGAGGAAACAGCUGCUCAUGAAGAGCGCAUUCGGCAAUUGAAGUUGAGAGAAGAAGAGGCACUGGAGAACACGAGAUAUGCUCAGGAAGAGAUGGAGAAACUGAAGCCGCAAUUUGCAAGGGCGCAAAAGAUUCACCAGCGCUCUUCGAAGCGGGCAGAUGCAGAAUCAGGACGGCUAGCUUCAAUACAAACAACGGUCGAUACCUCAAGGAAUACAUUGAUGGCCGCAACUGAUGAGUGUAGCAACUGUAUCCAAGAGUUGGAGCAGCUGGCGGUGAAAGAGAAACAGAUGGAGCAAGGCUUGGAGGCUCACAAGGCAUUCGCAGCGGAGGUGAGACAGGAUGCUGAGAACAGACUGCGACAGAAAAAGGAGAGAAAGAUAAAGUUGCUGAUGGAACGUGAUGAAGUUAUGGAGAAGAAGCGAAUACAAGAAAACCAAGUGGAGACGCAAGAAGUUGAAUGUGAUGCCAAACUCGUUGCCAAGGAGACGAAAUGCGAGGAACUUGAAACAGAGGUGGUGACUACGAAAGAACGGAUAAAAUCCGGUGGAGCUGCUAUUGUCAAUUUGCGGCAGACAUAUCAGACUCUCAAGGCGCAAUUCACGGAAACCAAGGCAACCCUUGAAAGAAGGAGGGAUGAGUUGAAGGUGGAAGUUGACCAGCUGGAAGCACACGAUUCUACCAAUGCUGGCCUUCUUGCUGACUUGAAACCUGUUGUGGAUAAGUUGAAAGCGGACUUCGAGUUACUGUCCCAAGGAUGUGAUGAGAAGAAGAAACUGGUGAUGGAACUCAAGAACAAGAAGGCCGGCUUAUUGGACAAGAUUGGCCGUGUCGACCGUGAACUCGAGAAGUCUCAUCUGCCUCAGGAACGUCUCCUAAAUGAAAUACAAAUGGAAAGGUCAGCCGGAGCACACCAGCUGCGAGAUCAAGCGUUGGAAACGGAAGAUAAGGAACACCUGAAGAGCGUCCGUGAGGAGAAUGCAAGAUUUGAAGAGGCUAUCAAGACCAUGGAUGAUGAAUGUGAACGAACACGUCGCAGGAGAGAAGAGAGCCAGACAGUAAAGCAGGAACUGCAGCAAUCGCUAGCAACGUUGCAAGGCUCAUUGGCAUCUGGCUGGUCCAGAACGAAGGCUAUGGAGCAGGACUAUGCCAGUGGAGAUUGGCGUGUCCUUCAGAACAUUGACGAGUUGAUGGAAAAGCUUCAUAAGCGACACUCAAGCAUCAAACAAAUCGAAACCCAGCUGGAGUUGGAGCUAAAGCAGCUCGGUCGCGUGAAGGAAUCUGUUCACCUAUGAUGGCAGUCCACACCCAAGCCUGCUACUGCUGUUGCUGUUGUUAUGGCAAGCUGCUCACCAGACACGCAAAAAUCAUGUGACUGCCUACUCUUGUUACUUGAGAUUAGUAUAAGCCUCCUGUCGUAAGUACCUCCAGCCCAGAUCACACAGCAGCAAGACGAACUAAGUACAGCUGCUGCAGCAGCUCUCCUGUCUUUCUGAUCUUUUUCCGCUUGCAGACUUGAAAACACAAUACACCCAGCAACAAGUAAUUCUAUUUUGACACGUAAUGUUUUAUUGAAGAGAUUAUCAUCUGAGUAAAAUGAGUACACACUAGAGAAAAGACAUGCACAUAGCACAACAUGUAUUCAGAAGCAGUUAUUAUUGAGAAUGAUGACAGUGGCUAUGCUUAUCUUGUCAAGAAAAAUUAUAUCAAAACUUUUCGAUUAAAAACAAAAAGCGAAAAUCAA